UUUUCCGGGUCCUGGAGCAGAAAGUUGGCACCUAAUGACUCCUUGCUGCUUUAAUGAUUCUAUAGGUGCCUUAUUCUCUCCCCUCUCUUCCUUCACCCUAUCCUGUUCCCUGACCCCUACCCAGCCACUGCUCUCAGUCCCCUGAGAAGUUGCCAAGGGUUUGGGGGAACAUUCAACCUGUCGGUGAGUUUGGGCAGCUCAGGCAAACCAUCGACCGUUGAGUGGACCCCGAGGCCUGGAACUGCCGUCCACCCAUCAUGACCCCUCACCUUCCAGAUCUGGAGUAGGGGAGGCAGGGGAACCUGAACACAUCCUCUCCCUUAGGCCACAGCGAAGGUCACAAUCAACAUUCAUUGUUGUCGGUGGGUUGUGAGACGGAGGCCAGACCCACCGAGGGAUGAAUGUCACUGUGGCUGGGCCGGACACAGCCUAAGCAGAAUGGGAUGGGGGGCAAAACCCACCCUGGUUUUCCCCCUACCCAAAAAUGCUCAGCCAGUACUUGACCCUGGCCCUGGCCUCUCACCCCUUGGGGAGGGCUGGUAUCUGUGAUCCUUAUGGACACAGGCUGGAUCUGGGAAAUAAAGCCGGGAGGGUUGGGAAUCACAGGCUCCCAGCUAGGCAGCCGUAAAAGCUUUCUGAAAGAGAUCCAUGAGCCCUGCUCCCAGAAGGCUCAAUAAAGUUUUGUUGAAUGAAUGAAUGAAUGAGGUGGGAAGGCGGUACAGUACCUCUUCCUUGCUCCUUGCCUGGUACCACAGACCUCUGCUUUACCUUCAGUUGCCCACCUAGAACCUCAACGCCAGCUGAUCCUUCCACCUGCUAGUCUGUGCCCCACCUGGGUGACUCCUAGGCAUACUGCAUCCUCCUGAGAUUGAGCUGAGGUUUCAUUUGACAGGAAGAUCAAGGCACUGGAGAGUGCUAGGGGUCCCUUCCUUGACGCACCCUGAACCUAUGCCCUCCUCCACCCCCCAUAAAGUUUGGCCUCACCCCCUUUCCCAGGACUAGAACAGGCAGCCUACCCAACACGUAGCUUGUGGCUCCAGCUCUGGUAACUGGGCAUGGAGGAGGUAGGCUUUGUGCUUGUCUUUGUGAAUAACCCCAAGGGUAUGUGGCUUCAUACUUGAGUUUGUUCAUCUAUUAAAUUGUUUCCAUUGACAAGGGGUGUGAAAGCUCCCUGAAGGAGACCAGAGCUGGGAGCCUUGGUCCUUGUCCCCCCCACCCCUAAAAGCCAGGUCCAUUUUCCUUCCAAAGACAGCCAUAACAUCGGCAGCUUCCCCUACCCCCCGACUUCCCCAAAGAGCCCAAGGGUACCCGCCCCACCCCCAACCCAGGAAAAGGAAGAAACAAGUUACUAAGUUACUGGUCACAUCAAUGCCUGUCUUGGGGGUGGGGCUUCCAACCCCCCCCCAAUCACCCUGUGGGGCAGGAGUGGCAGGCCUCCUCCAAGAAGGGGUAGCCAGGGGUAGCCCUUCCAGUGCCCUCUGGGUAGGGUGUAUGGCUCCACUCUGCUGGUGCCCCCUGCAUCCUGUGUCUUGUCACCCCCCCCUCACUCCCAGCCCACCCAGGGACCAUGCAUUCCCUUGGCAGGUGCAUUUUUGGAGGAGCAGCAGCAAGCCCCCCUGUGACAAUAAGGAACCUCCCACAGCCUGCUCCUCCCUCUUCACACCCCCUUGGAGGUAUAAGGAGGGAACUGACAGCCCAGACUCCUCGGCUCCAGAGAGAGAAAGGGAGGGGCAGGGGGAAGCGGGUAGAAGGACAAUCUUUGGGGUGGCUGGGUUUCUUCUCUCUCUCUGCCCUUCCACCUGGUACACUUUGCCCAGCCAUGGGGACCUUCAACCUGUGGACAGAUUACCUGGGUUUGGCACGCCUGGUGGGGGCUCUGCGUGGGGAAGAGGAGCCUGAGACGAGGCUGGACCCCCAGCCAGCACCAGUGCCAGGACCAGAGGGUCAGAGGUCCAGCCCGGAAUCCUCACCAGCUCCUGAACGCCUGUGCUCUUUCUGCAAACACAAUGGCGAAUCCCGGGCCAUCUACCAGUCCCACGUGCUCAAGGAUGAAGCGGGCCGAGUUCUGUGCCCCAUUCUUCGAGACUACGUGUGCCCCCAGUGCGGUGCCACACGCGAGCGUGCCCAUACCCGCCGCUUCUGCCCUCUCACCAGCCAGGGCUACACCUCUGUCUACAGCUACACCACCCGCAACUCGGCCGGCAAGAAGCUGGCCCGCCCGGACAAGGCGAGGACACAGGACUCUGGACAUCGGCGAGGAGGAGGAGGAGGAGGAGGUGCCAGCACAGGUUCCAAAGGUGCCGGGAAGUCUUCUGGAACUUCUCCGUCUCCCUGCUGUCCCUCCACUUCUGCCUAAGAGGCUGGCGCGAGCAGGACGGAGAUGCUGCCUUCACCUGGGGAUGGGGACCCAGGCUCAGUGGAGGAGGCUGGGUUUCAGGGACGACCUACCCUUCGCGGAUCCGCCCCUGCCCCCAGCCUGGGGGCCCUGCAAGGGAGCCAGGCCUGGAAGCUCGGCCAAAAGAGAGCCGCCCCUUUCUCCCCAUCUCCCACCCCAAGAAAGGAGGUGGUCCUCUGGCAACCCUGCCCUCCUUCCCCAGCGCUGGGCACCCAGUUAGCACUCAAUAAAUGC